AUGGCAUAGACCAGUAAGAGGAAGUAAUCAAGAUCUUUUGAAGACAGCGAAGUAGCAAUUUUAACAUAAGUUAUAGUAUAGGGGGAAGCUGUUUAGGGAAGGUGGACUAAGGAUGAACAUUAAAGAUUUGUAGAAGCUUUGAGCAUACAUGGGAAAAACUGGAAAAAAGUUGAAGAACAUGUUGGGACUAGGAGUGGUGCCCAAAUUAGGUAUAAUCAUAUUUGUGAUUCAAGAUCUCAUGCAUAAAAGUUUUUCAAUAGAUUAGAGAAAGAAUUUAACAAAUAAUUUAAUGGUCUAAAGAGUUCAGAGAUUAAAUAGAUUUUUGAAAAUAAUAUCCAACAUUAUUCAGAAGGUGAUGUGACAUAAAAAAGACAAAGGGCUGGUUCUAUCAAUGGUAACACAAUAUCCUCUAUUUUUAUAUUAGAUAUUUCAGAAGACGACAUUUAAGGAAACUUAGAGUCUAUGCAAAUAGAAUCAAAUCAGUUAUAAUAGCAACACUAGUAAUAAUAGGUGAAGAUGCAAUUACAACAGGGUAUUCUAGAUCUAAAUCUACCUGAUUCUUGUUAUCAUUAGAAUGCCAAGGAACAAGUCACUAAAUAUCAGCAAUAAUAAAAUAAAUUGCAAAAGAAAAUGCAAGAUGUUGUUGAUAAAAACUACUCAGAGGAAUUAAUUAAAGAAAUUUGUGAAUUACAUAAAGAGAAAGACUAAAUUAUAGCUAUUCAAUAAAUUUAAAAUGCUUAUUAAUCCAUUGCUGAAGUAAAUCAAUUUGAAUAAUAACAAUCCUUAAGAUAGUAGCAGCCUCAACAAAAUCAAUCCGAACACUAAUAAUAACCCUAAAAGAACAAUAAUUAACUCAAUGAGGAAUCUAGACCUGGAACUGAUGAAUCAUUCUUUCACUUCAUAAUGUAUUUAUUGUUUUUUAGGAAUAGGGCAAGAAAUUAAAAGUAUAUCAAUAAUAGAAAAUUGAGCUUAUCUGAUUUGAUUGAAGUACCUAAGUUAGAUGAGAAAGCAUAAGAAUAAGAAUUGUCGGAGUAAAAAUAACAAUAAUAAUAAGAGAAUGAAGGAUAAAGGAGCAGAAAAUAAUCAUUUACUUUUUAUAACGAUUAGGUUGAAGAUAACGAACUAAGGUAUUAGACACUCAAAAAAAACAAAAAAGAAUGA